GAGCAGUAAUGAAAUUGCAUUCUGCAGCAGAACAUUAUAAACAUGUAGUCCAUAGUUCCAUAAAUGAAAGGUGUCAGGCUGAAUCAGUUUAUGAUGGAAUAGACUUAAAUGUUAACAUUAGCAAGGCAAGAUUUGACUCUCUUAUUCAUAGUACGUUGUUACAGUGUUUAGAACCAAUUAAAGAAGCUUUAAAAUCUGCCUCUGUAGCUUCUUCAGAAAUAAGUAAGGUCAUUCUUGUUGGAGGCUCCUGUAAAAUACCAAAGUUACAACAAAUGAUAUCAAAUAUGUUCAGUUCUGCUAAUAUAUUGUAUCAUAUAAGCCCAGAUGAAGUGCUAGCAGUAGGAGCAGCCAAACAAGCUGUUCUAGUGAAUCAUAAUUUAGAUGAUGAAAAUUAUUAUGCAAAUCUCUUAUCCCAAGAUCUUUCAAUCAAGGUUUCCGGUGUGUCUUCCCCUGGAGAAAUUCUUUUGUGUUGUCGAGGAACAUUAAUUCCAACUGUUAUAACACAGAGUUUUACAGUAACAGAAAAACACUCGAAUAUUAAAGUUGAAGUAUUUGAAGGAAGUACUAGCUCAAAUGAAGAAGAUCAUAGGACGUUAUUAGCUGCGCUAAGUAUGUCAAAUCUUCCUGUAGGUGUAAUAUAUUUUUCUUUUCAAAUAAGGAGUGAUGGCUCGUUACGUGUAAUAUGUAAAGAUUGUACUUCCAGGGAAUUAGGAACUGCGACAGUUGUUUCUCCAACUACGCAAGAGUGUUCAUAGCAAAUUUUUA